GAUUUUUCAUGGCAUUCUAUUGGGCUAUAGCCCCUAUCACUCUCUUGGUAUAAUUUAUGCAACGCUUUAUGAACCACGCUUUAUCACACUUUUGGCCAUAGAUUGUGUACUUGGGAAAAAAUCCUACAUCAUUAACACUUUACAAGUGAGGGGAAUGUGUCGGAAUAGUACAGUAACCAAUUGGAAUCGUACAUGCGUAAUUAUGAAUACGGGUAUACUUGACUGUUGUAAUCUUACAUGGAAAUAUUUCUCCACUUUUCAGAAUAAUAACUAACAUCCUAGCUUUAAAAUUGUAAGACACCUAUAAUUAUUUAUUUAUUUAUACUUGUAUAUAUUUAAAAGGAUUGAACACAACACUUGAAUGCUCAAACUUUCGAGAGAUACAUACCUCAUGGUGUGUUUCACUUCCUCCGUCACUCAAACCCUUCAUUCCUACUUCCUUUCCCUCAUAUAUAUGAGUAAAGAGCACUACAAUAUAGAUCCUCUAGUUCCAAGACCCACAGAUUUACAGAAACCAAUAACUUGAUGUUGGUUACUGUAAUAUUUACUACGACUUGGGUAUAAAUUGGUUAACAUGAUAUUCCUUUCCAGAAAUUAUAAUUGAAGUGACAUUUCCACCAAUGGCCGCCUCGCGCACUGUCCUACAAAGAUUGCAAGACAACAAGUCCUACAAAUAAUUGUCUACGAUUGAUAGAUGAACCAAGAUGGUGCGCGUGGUCUAAACGAUCCAUGGCACAAUCAUCGUAGAGAAAUGGAAGCCGAGGACAGCUAAUGGUCCGGUGCGGCGACCACAUCCAUAGUGACCUUUCUGACAAAACUUGAGUGAUCAUUACGAACGUUGUUCUCUCAGCAAUUUCCAUUUCUUGUCAGUCGUGUUUAAGGAUCUAGCGGACCUAGAGCAAUCACAGAUAUAAGUAAACAGUCAAAUUGAAUCAAGCACAUGAAUCCUCUCUUCUGGAAGAAAUUCCAUCUUGAAGUAUCCGACACAAGACUUAGUGUGCAACCCUUGAAGAAAUGGAAAAGCCACGGGACUUGAUGAGACGACCUGUCCUAUCGUUCGUUACCUGAUAUAGACUUAACAUUUGCUCUAGGUACUGAUCAAAAUACAGAAUUACGGACCCCACGCAUGCAAUCAGAGAACCCGAAUGAAACAGACGGAAGAAGCCAGAAACUCCAAUACAAGUGCGGUCAAUCGAGGCCCAAGGGAUAGAACCGUAACGAGCAGCAGAAAGCAGAGUUUACGACUGGUUUGAUUUUGCGAAACCUCAAGUUUCAGGAAUGUUAGACUCUUGAGCUGAAUUGUAACCUUGACCGGUGGACAACUUGGCUGUGAACUAGAGACGAACAGAACAAACUCUUCACAUGAUCGAUUACGGCAUAUUGACUAUCAUCUAUUUCAGAACUGCAGACAGUACUACGUUGGGGAGAGUCGAAGAGUCCAAGAUUUGGUACAUCUUGAAUGAACGCUGCGAUGUCUUCGACAUCUGCGCAGCGUGAAUUCAGAACAAGAAUGUACGACUGUCGUCGGCAAUCAUGACUUUCUAGAGAGAAAGAAUCGCGUCAUCCCGAUCUUCCUCCCUUUGUCUUGAUGAUUCACGUUUGGCGUUCAAGCGAAUCUGCUCAUGAGUUCAUGUGAAUCACUCGUGUCCUAGUUCUCAUGAUUCGAAAUCUAGUCAAUGGAAGAAAGUUCUGGGCUCUUGGGUGGUCUGGAUGUGACUGAGAUUGGUCUCUCCAUCAAGCCCUGCUUGCACGAGCAAGAACAGAUCACUAACGAACCAUUCCGUCGGAAUUGAAGCCUUAUGAAUUGGAGGCACACAGACGCACCCGGUGGGAGAUGGGCAUGGAAGCACAAUUGGAGGCUCGCACGUGUUUCCAAUCUUUUGUCCAUCCUACAGAUGCGCCUCUUCGGAGUCCUGUUCACGGAAUCAAAUCUCCCACCGAGGAUCUUCUGUCGCACUCGGAUCCGAGCACACACUUCGCUCUCUGUGUGUCAUCACCACAGUGACCUCUGCCACCACUUUCUCGGAGUAUGGAGUUUCAUAUAAUAGCUCGAGAUUUGGCCAGGAAUUCAAACAGGAAGCGUUCGAUUCAAGUGACCAGAUGAAUGUUCCCGACCUGUGAAGGCAGCACGAUAGGCUUCCAGAUACCUGAUGUUGUACAUAGGACAGAGGCGACGUUACCGCAUGAUGAGCUCCCUUACUCCUACUCGGUGAUACCAGAACAAAAGAACUGACAUCAUCGCCCGACCUGACUGGUCUUUCCCUUGUACUUUUCGCAUCAUGAUGAAGUUUUCACGGUCCCAAGGGAUGUGAGAAGAUUCUGCGAAAUGUUUUUCGGACCUCGAAGAGGUCGGAAGAAGCCGAUGGCAUUCGGUGAAAGGUUCAAAAUUUGUCUACAUCGUGAUCGGGAUUUCAAGGUAGGGUAGCUAAUUCUUCCAGAUGGGAAAUCAUCUCGUAUGACAAAACUAAAAACAGCUCGGAUCCAGAACAAGCUCCUGCCGAAAUGUGGAAUGCUGUGCGCGCAUGUGUCUGGCAUGCAACCUCAUUCGGCAGGAACCCUAUCCUAGCGAGGGCUCAUCUGACCACGCUCAACUGGAGUGCAGUGCUUCUACUCUUCAUAUGUGCCCAACACAAUCUCGUGGGCCCCGUGGACACUGCGCGCAUUCAUGGCCCACAUCCAACAAAUGUGACAACUCGCGCAAUCUAUGCUUGCGGGAUCCAGGGCAAAAUAUCUCGCCGACGCAGACACUGUGCAGGAUCCGGGCGACUGUUACAAAAGCGGACAGCUAUGGCGACGGGCCUCGAGUCUCAACAGUAUUGUCCAGUUCCUUUUCACACUCACCCGCAACAACGUGGUGCGAUUUGUUGCACCCUCGGCCCAUGCAGCAUGUCCCGUGACAUGCAUGGAUGGAACAAAUCCCUUGGACCUUACGCUGCAAAAGGCCUAAAUUCUCAUGCUGAAGUUUCAGGCGCUUGCGGCUUUCCAGUGGCUUCACUUUAAUCCGAAAUCGUGUAAAACAUCUUCAUUGCAAAAAAUCACUUGCCCCGUCGACGCGGGUCGAAUCACUUUCGGGGUACCAACUUCUUCAUUACACAAAAGCAGAGGCUCAGCUGGAUGAGUAUUGUUAUGACCUCUUGGGAAACAUCAGGUAGCCAAGAGUGUAAUCGUCCGCUCUAAGGUUUGCUCCAUCUACUAGCCAACGUCCAAGAAAUACCUUUCCUUCCAUGACAAGGCAAUAAGUCUGAGCAACAAUUCUUUCGGCCUUUGGUCUCUUCGUUCUUUCUCGAAAG